AGCUGGAGGGGGCAGGAGGACUCUAUCCCUGAGCUCCUGCGUGUGACAUGCAGGAUGCAGCCUGUCCCCACCAACUCGUGCAUGUGGUCCUGGAAAACAGCUGGCUCCAGAGUCCCCAACGGAUGAGACCUUCUGGGAAUGCUCCCAGUGUGCUAACGUGGACACCACAGGCAGAAGACUACAACUCCCAGCAUCCUCUGCGUUCCAGGUAAGGGGAGGAAUGUGGGCUGGCUCCUGUCCAGCCUGAUGGUUCUCACUGAGCUUCGCCCCUUGCAGAGCAGCGGGCUCCCCACCCAGGGCUGCCCCCAAGGGACGCUGCAGCGGGCAGUUUCUCUUCACAGGUCGGUGCAUUUCCGCUUCCUUGGCUGUAAGCUGCAGUGAAAAGUCAGGGCCGUUGUGUGAAAAAGGAAGCAAGUGCUCCAGAAAUGACAAGUGGGCGAUGAAGAGAAGAGGGCGCUGCUGAGAGAGCGUGUUCUUUGGAGAACUCCAGGCCCCGGUGCUGUCUGGAUCUGGGCCCUGAGCCGCUGGAGGGCGGAGAACCUGAAAUGACCCAGCCAGUCUCCUUCACCCUUUGUGUUCCAGAGAGCGGGGACGGUGCCAGCCCGGAUCUGAGCCUGUGCGAUGAGGGCGCUGUGCACAAUUCCUUCCAGCAGCUCCUCCAGGAGCAGAGCAUGGAGGAGCCGGAGCUGGAGGAGCUGGAGCUGCAGGAGCUGCCCCUCGGGGGCGGAGAGAACCUGGCAGCUGGCCACACCGAGGCCUGGGAGGAGCCAGAGCCGAGGAGAGAGCACCCGGAUUUCUCUUCAGCCACACUGCUGAUCCUUGCCAACAUGCCCAGCCGCACCAUCGGGUGCAGCCGAGGAGCCAUAAUCUCACAGUUCUACAACCGCACAGUCAAGCUUCGCCGCCGGAGCAGCCGGCCGCCGCUGCGCCAGGUGUCCCGCUCUGCACGGCCCAGCCUGCGGCAGUACGACCUGGAGCUGGACUCUGGGCACGCAGAGCAGAAAGACACACAGAGCCUGCUGGUGAAGGAGCUGCAGAGCCUCUCGAGCAGCCAGAGGAGCCACAUGCUGCAGGCGAUGCCCGUGAGCCUGGCAGAGAAACGCAGCCUCAGGUCCGUCCCCCCAGGGGAAGCAGCAGGAAACCCGGCAGGACCAGGAGGCCUUUCCUGCUGUGGCCAACUCAAAGACGCCUUCCUCACAGGGUUCCAGAGUCUCUGGGAUGGGUUCCUCUCCCUCCUCCACUCCCUCCAGCCCUGGCAUCAUUCCCUGAAGCAGAUCAGUGGCCGCUUCGGCUCCAGUGUCUUGUCCUACUUCCUCUUCCUCAAGACGCUUCUCGCGUUCAACGUCUUCUUGUUCCUGACCCUCUUGAUCUUCGUGGUAGCUACGCAGGCUGCGUACCCCCCGGCCGCCAAGAACAGCCGGCUCUUCACGGGGCUCGAGCUCCUCACUGGGGCGGGCUCCUUCACUCAGACUCUGAUGUACUAUGGCUACUACAGUAACUUCACCCUGAACGACCCCUGCACUCCUGUCAGCAGCAGCUGCCAGCCUGGCAGAGGCCAUCUCCCAUACAACAUGCCUCUGGCCUACGUGUUCACCAUUGGGGUCUCCUUCUUCAUUACAUGCAUCCUGCUGGUGUACAGCAUGUCCCGAUCCUUCGGCGAGAGUUACCGCGUGGGCAGCACGUCGGGGGACUUUGCCAUCAAAGUGUUCUGUGCCUGGGACUACAAGGUGAUCCAGAGACGCUCUGUCAGGCUGCAGAACGAAAACAUCCGCACACAGCUGAAGGAGCUGCUAGGAGAGCAGCAGUCUAAGUCCCGCCCAAUGAGCCUGGGCAGGAAGCUGGGCAGGAUGGUGGUUCUCAGUCUGGCCUGGGCAGUGUCCGUGGGCACCGUCCUAGGCUGUGUCGUCACAGUGUAUUACUUCGCCGAACACAUGCUCAAGGUGCACCGGGACAGUCGAGACGAGGGGAGCAGCGAGGCCCAGCAGGAAGCCCUCCUGCUGGCUCUGCCUGUGGUGGUGUCUCUGAUGAACCUGGUGAUGCCGUACCUGUAUAACCUGCUGGCAGCCUGGGAGAAGCAGGAGUCUCCAGCGCUGGAGGUGUACGUGGCCAUCUGCAGGAAUUUGAUUCUGAAGAUGAUCGUCCUGGGCCUGCUGUGUUAUCACUGGCUGAGUCGGAAGAUGGUAUACUCCACGGAGGACAAUUGCUGGGAGACGUCGGUGGGGCAGGAGCUGUACCGCUUUGUGGUGAUGGAUUUCGUGUUCACACUCCUGGACACUUUCCUUGGGGAGCUGCUCUGGAGGCUCAUCUUGGAGAAGAAGCUGAUGAGGAAGCAGAGGCCUGAGUUUGACAUUGCCCGGAACGUGCUGGAGCUGAUCUAUGGGCAGACCCUGACCUGGCUGGGGGUUCUCUUUUGCCCCCUCCUCCCAGCUGUCCAGAUCCCCAAGCUGGUGCUCCUGUUCUACAUCAAGAAGACCAGCCUGAUGAAGAACUGCCAGUCUCCCAGCAAGCCGUGGCGCGCAUCUCACAUGAGCACAGUCUUCAUCACCCUCCUGUGCUUCCCCUCCUUCCUGGGCGCCGCCAUCUUCCUCUCCUACACCAUCUGGGCAGUGAAACCAUCCAAAGCGUGUGGCCCGUUCCGGAUGCAGGAGACCAUCUAUGAGUCAGGGAAGACUUGGAUUCAAGAGCUGGAGAAAUCCAGCCCAAACAUCACCUGGUUCACCUGGAUCCACCAACACCUGGUGGAAAACACCUUCUUCCUGUUCUUUGUGUCUGGAGUCCUGCUGGCUGUGAUCUACCUCCACAUCCAGGUGGUGAAAGGCCAUCGGAGAAUCAUCUGCCUGCUGAAGGAACAGAUUGCCCAUGAAGGGGAGGAUAAGAUAUUUCUCAUUCAGAAGCUUCAGCGCAUUUAUGGGAAGCAAGAAACGCGCCCCUGAGCGCCAGGAGCCUCUUGGAAGAGCUGAAUGUGUGACCAGGACUUUCUCUCUGGCCGCAGCCUCCCGGAGCCGGGAAUAGAUCCUGGCCUCUCCGAGCCCCUUCUGAAUGGCCAGAGAAGAUUUGCCGGACCUUAGAGGGCUGCACUGAGAGAUGCAGACGAGUCACUGAGAAAGCCAGUCUCCUGCUGGUGCUGGCACCCAGGCCCUGCCCAACAGCGGCACUGGCAUGUUAUCCGAGGGCAAAAACCUCUGCUCCUACCAUGUACUAGUGCUUGUAACUCUGUCUCUCCAGGGAAGGCUGCCGAGACCUUGCCUUCCACUGGGGCACAGGGUCCAGAAGCCACGAGGGCUGUCAGGCACUGCUGGAGCCGAGCACACCUGGUGCCAACAGGUUCUAAAAGUGAGGACCCAAACCAGCCUCUCAUCUGACAGUGUGAUGUUUAAUGCUGCUGGGCCUUCCGCUGGUGUCUGCGGAGCCACCGAACCCCAACCUGACUAUCCCAGCAGCUGGGUGGUUUUCAGGAAGCCCCUCCCCUGGGGACAUGUUAGCUUUGUUACUAUUAAAACCAUGUUCCCUCUUUCGAGGCUC